AUAGCUUUCUGUCUUAGGUCACUUUCUGUCUUAGGUCACUUUCUGUCUUAGGUCAGGUACCCGUCAGCCUUGUGACCCUCCAACUUAUUUCCACUCUACAAUAAUCAAAUCCACCAUCUCAACGGUCAACCUAAAUCUUAGACUAUAAUGAGCGACGACGAAGAUAUCCAGGUCGAAGGGCCAUCCAUAGCCGACGAUGAUCCCAUGCGCGCAUUCUUGCCCACUUCAUUUGGGAAACAACAUCGGGAGGCUAACAUCGCCGCGCAAAUCGACCGAAGCAAGAGAACCGUCGACGAGCCGACGGUACGUAAACCUAAGUCUCAGGAAUCAGACUCAAACGACACAAGCGACAGCGAGAACGACUCAGACGACUCUUCAGAUGAUGAGGACGAGUAUCCGACUUCCCACGAGAUGGUCAUUAAGACACAUGAUCGUGCUGUUACCUCGCUUUCGCUAGAUCCGGCGGGCGGCCGGCUGAUAUCAGGAUCCAUCGAUUGCACUGUCAAGCUCCACGAUCUUUCCUCCUUAACACCGACCACAAUUCGUGCUUUCAGAAGUGUUGAUCCUUACGAAACUAAACCAUCAUCUGCAAACACAGAGUCGCACCCCAUACAUCAUGUCGAGUUCAAUCCUCUCGCUGGAAGUCUCUUCCUCUGCAUAUCAGCACAUCCCCAAGCCAAAAUUCUGUCCCGAGAUGGAGACAUCGUCACUGAGUUUGUCAAAGGCGAUAUGUACCUUCGAGAUAUGAACAAUACCAAGGGUCACGUUUCUGAGGUCACAACAGGUACGUGGCAUCCUACGGACAAAAAUCUCUGUGUCACGGCUGGGACGGAUAGUACGUUGCGUAUAUGGGAUAUCAACAAUAAGCGCAGCCAAAAGGAAGUAAUAGUGUUCAAGUCAAAAGCUGCGGGUGCUGCAGGUAGGACACGAAUGACUGCCGUCGCUUGGGGCAGUCCAACCCAGGGAGGCAAUAACGUCCUUAUUUCUGCAGCUCUAGAUGGUACACUUGUGAUGUGGAGUGGAAACGGCCCGUUCACACGACCCGCUGGUGAGAUCAGAGAAGCUCAUAAACCGAAUACCUGGACCGGAGGGAUAGAUAUCAGUUCUGACGGGCGAAUGGUGGUCACAAGAGGCGGCGACAACCUAAUCAAAUUGUGGGAUACGCGGAAGUUCAAAGAGCCUCUUGUCACAGUUGAACACCCAUCUACAUCGGAUCACUACCCGACUACCAAUAUUAAAUAUGCGCCGAACUCUACUAGUAUUAUUACUGGAUCGGCAACGGGCCAUCUUCACAUACUGAACCCGGGGAAUCUGCGCCCUGAAUACACUACACUGGUCACGCCUGGGUCGCCUGUAAUCACUGUAGAUUGGCAUCCAAAGAUUAACCAGAUCGUCACUGGCUCUGCAAACGCAGAAACGCAUAUCUUAUACAACCCUACGAUGUCAACACGGGGUGCGGUAGAUGUCAUGUCACGCGCGCCGAAGAGACGACAUAUAGAUGACAAUCCUGAGUUUACUACUGACCAAUCCCUUGGACUCUCCGGGGAUGCAAUCGUUACCCCUGGCACUCUGCCGGGCACCAAGAAAACGGGUAUUACGGCAUCCGGAAAGUCGAAGGAUCCCAGGAGACCACACGUCCCUCAGCAAACACCAUUUAUGCGGAGUCAACCUGACGAAAAGCAUAUUUCCGAGAAUAUUCCAUUAAGUCGCAUGUUGCACGAGGAUCCUAGAGAAGCGCUUCUCAAGUACGCAGACCUGGCGAAAAAGGAUCCCGUAUUUACGAAGGCCUGGAAAAGCACACAGCCGGUGACACAAUACGCCGACGUGAGCGACGAAGAAGAAGACGGCCCAGAGAAGAAGAAGGUCAAGAGAUGAUAGGAUACCCACUUAACAGUAUAAUGUGCCAAGGCUCUUUAAAGGUUCGGCUUCUAAAAGAUAGCUCCUUUUCAGGGCUGUUUAUCCGAAACCACCCAGGUCGCCUUCAUAAAUUUCACGAAGCUUAUCCGCAGGACUGGGUAGGAUCCCUGGCGUUCCAUACGGGAAACUUAUGAAAGAUAUAGGAUAACUACCUACGCUAUGCCCGACUUUAGGAAGGAAAGUUAUUUAUUGUCUACAAAACCUAGGGGUUCACGGCAUGAUACCAAGAGUACAAACUACCUGAUUGGAAUGGACAAACCCGACAAAUAGAGCAACUCUUGGCCUUGUCAUGCUUCGUUUAUUAAGCAUCUAGUUACUGAAUGUAUUAACAGUACACUGAUCUAGAUACAUACCUUAGGUACCUAAUCAUGUACAUUACAUAGGUACCUCUAAGUAGUACCAAAAAAUAUUUAAUCCAA